AUGAACAACACCGACGCUAACUUUUCUCUACUCCAAAGACAACCAAAUGUUCCGGCCAAAUUCUUCUGGCCAGAAAAAGAUGUGAUCCCUUCAGAAGGUGACCUUGAACUCCCAAUCAUCAACCUAAGUGGGUUCUUAAAUGAUGAGACCGAGACACAGCUAGCAGCUAAGGCUGUGAGAGAAGCGUGCAUGGAUCAUGGUACAUUUCUAGUGAUCAACCACGGCUUCAAGUCGGGCUUGGCUGAGAAUGCGCUUGAGACAUCGAGUUUGUUCUUUGGGCUAUCCAAAGAUGAGAAGCUAAAGGCUUACAGGACCCCAGGGAAUAUCUCUGGCUAUACCGCUGGUCAUAGCCAGAGAUUCUCCUCAAAUCUUCCAUGGAAUGAGACUUUGACUUUGGCUUUCAAGAAGGGUACACCUAAAGUCGUUGAGGAAUUUCUAACAUCAAGGCUACGCGACGAACGUCAAGAGAUCGGUCAAGUGUUCCAAGAAUUUUGUGAGGCAAUGAACGGUUUAAUUAUGGAGUUGAUGGAGCUUUUGGGAAUAAGUAUGGGUUUAAGAGACCGGACAUAUUUCCGGAGAUUCUUCGAAGAAGGAAAUGCCAUCUUCAGAUGCAACUAUUAUCCGCCGUGCAAGCAACCGGACAAAGCCCUCGGUGUUGGUCCCCAUAAUGACCCAACAGCUAUAACUAUUCUGCUCCAAGACGAUGUUGUGGGUUUGGAGGUCUUUGCCGGAGGAAAGUGGCAGACUGUACGCCCUCGUCCCGGUGCUCUUGUCGUCAACGUCGGAGACACCUUCAUGGCAUUGUCAAACGGAAUCUACAAGAGCUGUUUCCACAGGGCAGUGGUUAACAAAGAGAAAGUGAGAAGGUCAUUGGUUUUCUUCUCGUGUCCUAAAGAAGACAAGGUCAUCGUACCUCCACCUGAACUUCUGGAAGGCAAAGAAGCUUCUAGAAGGUACCCUGACUUCACUUGGCAUCAGCUGCAGAGAUUUACCCAGUCCGGCUAUCGAGUCGACAGCACUACUCUCCAAAACUUCUCUUCUUGGCUCGCCUCUGAAUCUGUCAAGGACCAAGUCGUCCACAAGGAAUCAACUUAA